GUUCGCUCUAACCUAGUCAAAACCGCAAACCAAAAAUGAAGUUUACUGUAGCCUUCAUCAUAGUCAUCGUUUCUAUGGUAACUGCUGACAUUCCUAGACAAAGAAUAGAAAUCGUUAAAAAAUCUGCUCCCUACGUAGCAGCAGGAUGGACACCAUCAGGCCAACAGCUAAAUUUGCCACUUAGAGCAACACCAUUACCAACACCUGCCCCUUCAUAUGGCCCACCAUCACCACCAGAAGUGGAAACUACCACUACGGAACAGCCCACAACAACUGAUGCAACUACCGAAAGUUAUUUAUCACAACAGGCAGAAAACUUAGAAGCUGCUCCUGAGAAAGAGAAAGAAAAAUUGGAACAGCCUCAAGGAGGGCAGUUUUAUGUAGUUUUACCACAGAACCAAAAUAUUGUUUACACUGUUCCUAGAAGUGCUGCUUUAUUAGCAGUGCCUAAAUCUAAUUUGAUGGCUGUAACACCUGCUCGUCUGCAAGCCAUACCUUUUUCUUCGACUGUUUCCUCUUCCAUUUAUUCACCAUUUAGUGCGUCGUAUAUUCAGAUAUAUCAGUAAAUUUGAUACACUUUUUUCAAUGAACUUUAUUUAUUGAAAGUUGUACGUACAAGACUGUUGUUUUUGGAUAAAGUUUAUUUCUGUACUGUGUAUUAGCACAACGUUUCAUUUUAAACAUCCUUUUAUACGUGAUAAAAUUUAGAAUUAUCCCUAGUUUUAUCGAGGGGUAUUUAGCUUUUCAGAAAUUAUGGACAGCCAAAAAAGUUUAA